GGCGGCGGCGCGGUGGGGCUGUCCCGGACGCUGAGCGUGUCGGCGCCGGCGCGGAGCAGCUCAGAAGAUAAAAUAACAGUUCACUUUGUAAACCGUGAUGGUGAGACAUUAACGGCCAAAGGAAGAGUUGGUGACUCUCUGCUAGAUGUUGUGAUUGAAAAUAAUCUAGAUAUUGAUGGUUUUGGUGCGUGUGAGGGGACCUUGGCUUGCUCCACCUGUCACCUCAUCUUUGAAGAGCACAUAUUUGAGAAGUUAGAAGCAGUCACUGAUGAGGAGAAUGACAUGCUCGAUCUGGCAUACGGACUAACAGAUAGAUCUCGGUUGGGCUGCCAAAUCUAUUUGACAAAGUCUAUGGACAAUAUGACAGUUCGAGUACCUGAUGUGGUGGCCGAUGCCAGACAAUCCAUGGAUGUGGGCAAGAACUCUUAAGCUAGAAUAAAUCGGAAUAUUUUCACAAAAUUUUACCUAUUUUUAUAAUUAUUAUUUCUUAAUGUAAUUACAUGAGAACACGGGUGGAGGGGUUUAUUAUUAUGAUUAGGUUUACCACUUUAAUUAACCCUACAUACUACUGCAUUUUGUAGUUCUGAAAGUAUGCAGUCUUUAUUUUGGUUAACUUAUAAAAAACAAAUCAAUGUUAGAAAAUAUUUAAUAUUAUAGAAGCUUACAUAUUUUGCCGUAUGUUUGUUUAGCAACUUUAGCAAGAUAUUUUCAUAUAAAUCUUAUGCCUAAUUACCUGUAAGUUAGGUUAAAAAAAAAGGUAUUAUUUUCCCUGUUAGAUGUGGGUGAAGGCAGAGAUCUAAAAUGGCUUGUCUAGAGCCAUAGAACAAAUGAGAAAAUAUGUACUAGAACCCAUAUCGUCUUACUACAAGUUAUGUGUUCAGACUGACACUAGGGAAAUUAUUAAUAUCUUAUUUAUAGCAAUAAUUAAAUGGACAAAACUCAUCGCUCAGUAAACCGCUUCAUUUCACAGAUUGUUAUUGCCUUCUAAAUAAAUAUUUCAGAAUUUUGA